ACAUAUUGUUUUGUUUAUACAUUGUGUACAGAAUGAACUUACAACUUAUACGUAUACAUAUGUACAUAGAUAUAUACACAAAUGAACACACAACCAUUUAUGUACGAAUAUGUUACUACGUGCGUAGAUUGAAUUGUGUAUAUGUAUGUAUAAGCGAGAACAAAUGUUUUAUUUUUGUUUAUAUGCAGCACGCAAGCGGAGUCUCUGAGUGUGAAUGGCUGAGUGGGUCCGAGAGCCGUUGCUUGGUUCGAAUAAAAAUGCAGUAAGCACAGUUUUCAGUUUCGAUUUAUACGCACGUCGCGUAGUGCCUUUGCAGCUGUUUGUACUUCUGUGAACGUGUUUAUUUAUUAAUCAAUUUCUGGCACUCAUUAAUAUUGUAUAGAAAAAAAACGAAAUCAACGACAAUUCCUUUUAAUCGAACUCCCUGUUCACUUUCAUAAUCACAGCAAAAUUGAAUUCGACAACUCACGUGGUUGGUGAACACCGUAAUUAUAUUAAUACAUAAGUAUAUAUACAUACAUAUGUAUGUAUCUGCUAAUAACUAUAAUAUAACAGCAAAAAAAUCACGGUUCGAUGUGAAUGGAUGGGCAAAUAUCAAAUGCUUUAAAAUUAGAUAUUAAUUUCUGUGCGUUAUCGGCUCACUACGACGACCUAAAUCGGCAGCUAGCUUCUUGCUCAAGUACAUUAGAUAAUGAACUGGGCAGAAAGCAUACAAAUGCGAGCCCCUGAAUGUGGGCACUAAAUGUUUAAUAAAAAAUAAACAAAGAAUAAGAACACAUAACUAAUUGAAUGAAUAACAAUCCGCGGUGACGUCCAAAGUAGUGUUUGCUGCGAAUCCUUCACUUUGCGUUUCUUUAUGCCCCUCACUUCCAAUUCGUGGCACUGCGCAUGUGUUAAUUAUUUGGUGUCAAAGCGAAUGCUGACUAACGUUGGCCAUUUGCACAAAAAUCUGAAAAAAAUAAAUGCGUUUUGUUUACAAGUAUUAAAUAAUGCCAUUAUACAUCAUAAAUUAUACGAAAAUUAGAUUAUUAUUAAGUACACCGAGUUCACAAGAAGUAAAAAAUCACUUCGUCAUCCACAUUCAAAGCAAAUCUAAACAAAGUCUUUGAUAAGAAGUUUCGCAAUUUUCUUUGAAUAUACAUACAUACAUAUAAUUGCGAUUAGAUUUGUUUAUUGACUAUUUGAAUUCCGUUAAAUAAAUUGUGCACAAAUACGUACAUACCUCAGCACUGCCUUCAAAACACAAGUGUAUUACAAAAAAAUGUUUCGAAAUUCAUCAAUUCCUAUGCCGACUAUAAUCGCUUUGUUCGUAAUAAUGGCUGAGCUAAUUGCGGCGGCGGAAGGCGUCCCGCGCUAUCAUCAGUAUGCCAACAAUGGCAAAUCAGCUGUUUCUGAGGAUACAGUGUACAAUUACCUAAUGGAGUUUGAUUAUCUACCUAAGUCGGACAUCGAGACGGGAGCGCUGACGACCGAAGAGCAGCUGAAGGAUGCCAUACGGAAACUACAGCGCUUUGGCAACAUUCCGGCCACCGGUGAAAUAGAUGAAAGCACACAAAAACUGAUACACCGGCCUCGAUGUGGUGUGGGCGACAGCACUCGAACAGCCAAUUUCUCGCCAGAUAAUCUACAAUACGGACAUCAUCGUAUGAAGCGCUACGUACUGCAGGGACCCAAAUGGGAUAAGACGGAUUUAACAUGGAGUUAUAUUUGACUGGUGAUGAAAGG